UGACUGAAAUGCUUAUCCCACAGCCCUAUAUGGAAAACACUCCGCCCAUAACCCCGCCCCCUGCGCCAUAAAGAGGCGGCGCAACACCAAUGAGGUAAUCAGGGUAAACAGUAAAAAUGGCGACGUCUAUAGCCGGAGAGGAGCAACCAAGUCUAAACGGGAUUGUUUCUGAGCCCCAUACAAAAAAACUGACCGACCUGCCGACUGAGUUGCUCGAGCACAUUUUGUGCUUCCCUGUCCUAAAACAUGUCGACAUUUGUAACGUUUCUUGCUGCUGCAAACGGCUACACGAUGUUUGCCAUGGAAGGGGGAAGGUCUGGGGACACCAGUACAAACUCAGAUGGCCAAGACUGCAGAGGUUUUACCGUCAGAAUGACAGCUGUGACUGGCUCAGAGAAUACAAAACACGCCACAGAGUUGGAAUACAGAUACGAAGGACUGUGGAAUCAAUCUCAAAGAGAUUCUUCACAGAAGUUCCAUGCGUUGGCCAGGUGCUGGGAGACAGCUUUGCAGAGAUCGAGUCGCUUGGGAUGCCAGAGCACUUCUGUGAAGAUGAGCUUCUUUUCAUACUCAACUCUGACAAGAGGAAAAGUUUGACGCUGAAGUACUAUGCAAAGAAAAUCCUUUACUUCCUGAGACAGCAGAACAUCCUGAGGAGUCUGAAAUUCUUCCUGGAGCAGCCUGCAGAGCAGCAGUUGGCUUUAGAAGGUGCAGUACUUGUGGAUCAGUAUUGUAACCCGCUGGCUGAUGUCACAAUGGACGGUAUAUCAGCGCAACUGAACGAGAUCACAGAAAAAGUGAAGAAGAUGCUGAGAAUCAAGAACCCAUCUCAUCCGAGCCUGCGCAUCGUUCAAGGUGACCGCGCAAUAGAGGACUUUGAGCUCCAGAGGCAGGUGGUCUGUGCCCUAAACUCUGUCUUGUACGAGCAGCUUCAGUACAAAGGGAAUGAGUGUGACUACUACAACCCGCUCAACUCUUACAUCCAUCAGGUGCUACUUCGCCGUACAGGUAUUCCCAUAAGCCUCUCUGUUCUUUACAUGACACUAGCCAGGAAGCUGGGUGUUCAACUGGAGCCUGUCAACUUUCCAAACCACUUCCUGCUUCGCUGGUGCCAGAAACAAAGAGGGAGUGACGACAUCUAUGACUUUGUCUACAUUGAUGCCUUUGGGAAAGGCAAGCAGCUGACAGCGAAGGAGUGCGAGUACCUCAUUGGCCACCAGGUGACGGCAGAUUACUACAGUGCCAUUAGCACCACGGAGGUGCUGCUCAGGAUGGUGGGAAACCUGCUAAACAUCGGAAAGAGAGGGGAGGGAAAUGAGAAAUCCUACCAGCUGCUUAGGGACUCGCUGGAUCUCUACCUCACUAUCAAUCCAGAUAACGUGCAAUAUUUACUGCUGCAGGCACGCCUCUACUUUCACCUGGGAAUCUGGCCAGAAAAGGUGCUAGACAUCCUGCAACACAUUCAGGCACUGGAUCCCUCCCAGCACGGGGCAGUGGGUUACCUGGUGCAGCACACACUGGAACACAUUCAACACAAGAAGCAUCCAGUUACUCCUGAAGUCAAGAGGCGCAGUGCUCCAGAACAUGUGGAGGUCCAGUAUUCAGUCGGUCUUGUUAUGAAACACAAAAGGUCGGGUUAUAACUGUGUGAUUUACGGCUGGGACCCUAAAUGCACCAUGAGCCAAGAAUGGAUCACCACCAUGAGGGUCCACCAACUGUCCAAUGGGCCUAACCAACCUUUCUACAAUGUGCUCGUACAGGAUGGGACUUGUCGCUACGCAGCACAGGAGAACCUGGAGCCCCACUCGGCUCCACUGGAGAUCGGCCAUCCAGAGGUGGGCCGCUACUUUUCUGAGUUUGCUGAAACCCACUACUUUGCCAACGAAGAACUACAGACACGAUACCCGGAGGACAUGGGUGAAACGCUGGGCACAGUACAGGAGCUUUAUCACAGAGUGGCUCCUGGCUUGGGGAGCCAAGAGGAGGCUCCCGCCACAGACCAAAACAACCAACAAGCCAUGUCAAUGUAGCAAGUAGCUGUGUCCAGUCCUGGGUUACUGGUCACCCAUUCUCAAUUCACAAUCUACUUAGCUGUCAUUUUGUUGCGCAUCAAGACCAGGUCCUGUGCAACAGAGUUUUGGGGGUUUUUUUCUUUUAAGAAAGAAUUGUUACUAUUAUUGCUUUGAUACACAAUCAAAUACCACAGAGUAGUUGUUGUAAACACAAAGUUCAGAUCAUCAAAUCAUUAUAUGUAUGAUGUUCAUUAGCCUUUUCCAAAUCCAGUCUUAUAACUGGAUUCAGAGAAAGUAUUAAAAUAUAAAAAUGAUGCAGAAGUAAAGCAGUUUAAGUGGAUUUGUAAAUUCAGGAUGAGUAUCCAGGCACUGUAAAUCCCCUCCUGCCUAAAAUCAAGAAUGCCUCCAUACCCACAUCUCUCUGCAUCCAGCAUCAGUCAGCAUAACAAACCCUGAACCCAGUGCCACACACAAGAAAAAAAAGAAAAGAAAAGAUAAAGAAAACACAUUGUAAAUUAACUUUUACUUUUAAUUCUCCAUCUUUAACAGAAUCUCUCGCACUUAGAAAGUCUAACUUUCACAUUCCUUGAACAUCUUUUUUCCUGUAUAUUUGCAAGUGAAGUAUGUAGAAUCCCAUGGCUCAUCAAUGUCUUCAAUGGAAAACCAAGACAUCAAUAACUUAAAAGAGAAGUGACUGAGCUUGGAGGAAACUAUAAAAAAAAAUAAAGUAUUUCAAGUUUUAAAACUUC